UAUCGGUACCAAUGGGAAGUUCUUUUCGCAAAAAAUAAUUGUCGCGAUUUUGUUUUAUUGUUACAAAUGCAUAAAUAGUGCUUUAAUUAAGGAAAAAAUACCAACAAAUCGAAGAGAUUUGUGUCUUUAAUUCAUCAGCGAUUUUAAUAAAAGUUAUCGUGAAUGGCGAGAACGUGGCAAAUUAGGAAUGGAUUUAGUGGAAACUAUGAAAACCAUAGUCGCUAAAGGAAUGCAAACAGAAAUGGGUCCACCAGGAGGAGGUUCUGGUUAUCCAGCAGCCGCAAGUGGUGCUGGAUACAUAACAGAAAAAAUGUACUCAUUACUUCAAUGCUAUUUGACAAAUAAGGGAUGGAAUCAAAGCAUCGAAUUACUUCAGUACUUAACGGAAAUGAAAGAAGCGUCCAUGGUACCAAGUCCAGCAUAUCUUCAAAUGGUAGCGCAACGAGUGGCCAUGGAUUCGCAAGGACGACUUGUUCUUCGGGAAAAUGGAAAAAUAAUUCUUCCAUUUGAACAUUUUGCAAAUGCAGUGAUGAUUAAACACAUGAAUGGACCACACGGUAUGCAUGUGACUUUAGAAGGAACCGUACGCGCAGUCAUGGAAUCAUAUACAAUUGGUCGCGAAUGUUUUGGAAUGGAGAAGGAAUUUAUUGUCGAAGUUGUACAAAAUUGUCCCAAUGAGGCUUGUCGAUUUUACAAAAAUCAACUUGAACUAACACAAAAAAUAGGAUCAAUGCGGCCAACUUAUAUUCAGGACAACGAAACAACGGCUUCUCUAUUACGAUCAUCAUUUCCACAUUCCUCCGAUCUUCAGGCACUAAGUGGACCAAAUCAAAAUACACUAAUGGGUGGACAGGGAGCCGAUUUCUCUGAGAUGAGAAGCAGUGUCAAUCCAAUGAUUCAACGACCACCCAGUCGUCCGUCCUUAAAUAUUCCACAUCGGCCUGGUCCCCAAGAAAAGAAACAAGCUAGCAAACAUUACGAGCCAUUGAUUCCAAAUAUUCCAAUAACAGAGACGCACAAAUUGAGUGAUUUUCUAAGAACGAAUUUGGAAAAUAUUGAGGGAAUCGGUGCAAUUGGUUUGGGAAAUUCCAAUAAAGAUUUACUCGCUUUGCAUAAUGGCGCUUGGCCAUUGUCAGAGGCUGACAGUAAUUUUCGCUCAUCGGCAGCAAUAUCUGAAGGAGGUCAAGAGAAGAUUGUGAGAGGCUUCCAGGAGAUGAUGAAGAAUAUCUACAAAAUGAAGACCUGUGUUCGUCCAUCAAUGUGCAAACCCUAUGGCAAACAGUCGGAGGCCCUGCAAAAGACUCUGGUUGAUACCAUACAACUCGUGCAAUCAUUAAGAAGUUUCUUGCCUCCACCGCAUAUUCCCGUAUCAAGUUGGAAAAACGAAGAUAAACACCGUUUAGAUCACAGCACUAUUCAAUAUCUUCCAUCUUUAAAAGCCGGAUUGGACGAUAUUUGCGAACAACGAAAACGGGACUGAGUAAUAAUAUUCCAGUAUACAGUGUACUAGUCAAAUUAAAUCACUGGAUGGAAUUUGUUUUAAAAAAAGGGAAAGAAAUGGUAAAAAAAUAAAUGGCUUGCUCAAAGACGUUGGCGUUUAGGACUUUUGUGUUGUAGGAGAAAAAAAAAUUUGGAGACAUGCGUGGACUGUGAUAAAAUAUGGAUACUAAAACCAAACAGAAAUUGUUGCGUAAAGGAGGUAAAAAAAACUUUCUAAAUAUUAAUUUUAUAAGAUACAAUUUUCAACAAAAAAAGGGAAAAAUUGUAACUUGUUUUGUGGUGCUCGUCGGGAUGACGAACAAAUUUUCUUUUUUUUUAAACAAUUUUUAUGUAAAUAAUUUUGUGACAUAUCCUUUUUUUUAUAUUGUUUGAUUAGUAAAUAUUUUAUAUAAUAUACAAAGAUGAAAUUCGACUAGUCAAUGAAAUUAAUAAACAAAAAAAUCGAAGGCUUUAAUAUCAUUUUUACAAAAAAAAGGAGGACAAAAAGUUUUUAAUUAUUCUAGUCGCACAAUAUUUAUUAUAAUUCCAGGAAAAGAACCAUUGACGAACAAAAUUAGAAACUAUGUAUAAUAUUUCGGUAAUAAAUAUGAAUUUGUGCA